UAUCAUAUCGGCGUACUUAGGUAUUGCGCUCACCGGCAACCAUGGCGUCGACAUCUUCGUCUACAGCGCCCUCACAUCCCGUCGUAUUUACGACCCAGACGCCCUAUGCGCUCCCCUCUCAAAAAUUCAUGAUCCCAUUGGACUGGAAGCGCUACCAGCUCUCCCAGCUCAUCAACAAAGCACUCGACCUCCCCAAGCCUAUUCCAUUCGACUUCCUUGUCCAUGGCGAGAUUCUUAGAACGUCCCUAUGGGAAUGGCGUGCAGAGAAGGGUGUCGGAGAGGAAGACACAUUAGAGAUCGAAUAUUUCGAAAGUGUUAUGCCUCCUCAGCGCAUGUCUGAGCUUCCCCACGAGGAUUGGGUGUCUUCGGUAUCAUGCCGAAUACCUCAACACUUUGUAACAGCAUCGUAUGACGGUCACCUACGUCUCUUCGACUAUUCUCAAAAUCCCGUUCUCGACAUCCCCGUGCACCAAGCACCCAUCACUUCUGUCUGCGUCGCGCCAUCACCGUCAUCGGACAACGAGUCUCGUAUUCUAGCAAGUUCGUCGCAUGACCUCACCGCGUGUCUCACCCGCAUACAUGUGGGCUCAGAGGGUCCCAGUGCAUCCACUGUCGCUUCUCUACAUCUACACACCAGUCCACUAUCCUCCAUAUCUGCUGAUGUAUCUGGUUCGCAUCUACUCACCUCUUCAUGGGAUGGCCUCAUCGGUGUCUGGGACACAUCAAUACCUGAUGACCACCAAGUACCCCUAGACCGUGGCGAUGACAAGAAAAAGCGGCGUAAGACCGCCCCCGUAAACAUAAAACGGAAAGCACCUAUAGCGGUGCUAAAAUCGCACACUGCGCGUGUGUCGAAAGCACUAUUUGCUGCUGGUGAACUUGCAAAAGGUAAGGCCUACAGCUGUGGUUUUGACUCGACGGUGCGAACCUGGGACGUCGAGAGUGGUGUGUGCAUUGACACUAUUAACGUCCCCGAGCGACCGAUGCUCGAUCUUGCUCAAACCCCCGACGGGAAUAUCCUCCUCGCUGCAUCCACAGACCGCGCUGUGUCUAUCUUCGAUAUCCGCGUUUCAUCCCUCUCAUCCUCUACAGGCAUCAUGAUGCACCCUGCAACUCCAUCUUGCAUCGCUACAUCUGAGAGCGGAAAGCAGCAGGUGGUAACUGGUGCCUAUGAUGGCGUUGCACGGCUGUGGGACCUCCGGAGCACGAAAGGUGCUGUGACCAGCUUCAGGGUGUGGGAUGGGAUGAAGGUACUUGCGGUGGACUGGGUGGGGGAUGUGGUAGGCAUCGGAGGCGAGGGUGGGAUGGAGGUGUGGAGAAUCGAUGGGGGAUCUUAGGUUUGGUAAAACAAAAAUACAACUGUAUGCGAGUUGGGUGACUUGGGUUGGGUCACUAGGUCAUAUAUCUGCAAAACAAAAGCGUGGCAAGUUGUAAGAUUCGUCAGGUUCGCAUGUACUCUGUGAAUUAAAGCUUUGUGAUAGGUAGGGAAUCAAAGGACUCUAAGUCGCGACCGACCGUGUCAUGGUCAAGCGUUGUUUGUUCGUAUUGGAAUCAAAAGCUUCGGCUUGGCUCGGACCAAGCUGAAACACACUGGCAUUAUUUGUCAAGUCGAUCGAGCUCACCCGAAUGUAUAUGACACCCUGGUUACGGCC